AUGAAGUUGAUACUCUCUACCAGCAAUAUCAUGUCCUCCGGCCAGGCCGUCCUCCGCCGCCCGACAUUCAGCAAAUCUAAUGUCGAAUUGAUCAACUCCCUUCAUGCCAACUUUUCCUUUCAGAGCCCUCCCCAACACAGCACCACGACCUCCCCAGAGACAUCCACUGAAGAUACCCUCUACGUGCCCACCUGGCGGCCAACCCCCCUCACCGAACCCCGCGAAGCCUACGACAUAACAGCCAAACUCUUCUACCUCCCGCACAUCCCUGCCUCCCGCCGCUGCGCCCACACCAAAGAAGCCGUCGAACUAGUCCUACGCGAGCUCGGCGUCAGCAGCAUCGAUCUCCUCAUAGUCUCCUACCCGGGCGUGAGCUUCGACGCCGACGACGAGUCCGGCGAAGAAGAUGACGGACAGGAGGAUUCGUCAACCAUCGACGGAUCUUCAAGCUCCGACAGCAACAGCAACCACGAAUCCGAGAAUUUCUCCGCGCAGCUGAAAACCUGGGCCGUCCUGGAAUCCUUACACGACAAGGGAACGAUCUCCCAACUUGGCCUGUCAGAGUUCUCUUCGGCUCGCCUUGCACGCUUCCUACCAGAAGUGAAAAUCCGUCCCUCCGUCGACCAGAUAAACGUAAAGGACUGCUGCGUCGUUCCCAAAACGCUCAUCAUGUAUGCGAAAGAGCACAAUAUCGAGCUGCUGACACACAACGACUGCACGGACAUCCUUCCGCCAGGCACGACGAGGGAGCUGUUGGGCCCGGGAAAGGGUGGAGCGGGAGUGAUUGAGGCCCAGUGGCCGCCGCCGACACAGGAUGGGGAAGGAAAGGCCGCAACAGGGUUGCUGGGAGGCGACGUCGAGCCGCAGUGGGUGAUCAAGUACACUGCAGUGGUCAAGGAUAGAGGAGUGAUUGAGAAUAAGGGCUAUUUUGCUGUCGCGAAUUUGGGUUCGUGUAUUGAGGACAAGGCAACGUCGACAGCGGCUGAGGUCGUCCCGCCAUCAGGAUGA